CGUUGCUUGAAUGGCACAAAGUCUCACUCUUUUGUGGAGCUUGUGGAGGUUCAACUGUUCCGAAGGAAGCUGGGAGAAGAAAGCAGUGUUCUAACGAGGCUUGCAAAAAGCGGGUUUAUCCCCGGGUUGACCCGGUUGUUAUAAUGUUGGUUAUUGAUCGAGAGAAUGACCGCGCGCUUUUGAGUAGGCAAGCGAGGUUUGUGCCGAGGAUGUGGAGUUGUUUAGCAGGGUUUAUUGAGGUAUGAAUGAAAGCAGACAAGCCUUCUCUGUUGUGUGUAUAUUGUUUUUGAUGCUGCUUCUGAUAGCCAGGGGAGAGCUUAGAAGAGGCUGUGAGGCGAGAGACAUGGGAAGAGACGGGGAUUGAAGUAGGAGAAGUUGUCUAUCACAGCUCUCAGCCUUGGCCUGUUGGACCAAGUAGCAUGCCAUGCCAGUUGAUGCUUGGGUUCUUUGCUUUCGCCAAGACUCUUGACAUAAACGUAGACAAGGAAGAGUUAGAAGAUGCUCAAUGGCACAGUAGAGAAGAUGUGAAGAAAGCAGUGUCGUUUGCAGAGUACAGGAAGGCGCAAAGAACAGCGGCUUCAAAGAUAGAGCAGAUGUGUAAAGGUGUGGAGAGAAACCAGAGUCUAUCAACUGAUUUCAAUGUGGAAAGCGGUGAGCUCGCUCCUAUGUUCAUCCCGGGUCCAACUGCCAUAGCUCAUCACCUGAUCUCAACAUGGGUGGAUCAGGGUUCUGGCAAUGUUCACUCAAAGCAACAACCUGGUGUUUCUCUCUCAAAUCUGUAGAUAGAAAGAAAGUUCCAACAAUGAUGCUUUUAGAGAAAUCAAACUGUUGCUGUUGAUGAUGCCUAUUUCGAAUUGCAGAGAGUACUGUUAUUAUUAGGGGUGGGCCCUUCGGUUAUUUUAUCGGUUCGAGUUCGGUUCGGUUUAGUUGGUUCGGUUCUAGAAUUUUUCCAGCUGAAGUAAACCAUAGUUAGUUUGGUUUGGAUCGAUUUUGGUUCAGUUAUGUUAGGUUCGGUUUAUAUUCGGUUUGGCUUGUAUUCGAUUCGGUUUGUAUUUCGGUUCAGGUCGGUUUAAUCGGAUUUCUCUUAGUUUAUUUAUUGUACAAGAAAUCAUGUUUUAAUACAUACAUGUAUGGUUGUCAUGAAA